CUAAAUAUUUUAUAUACAAGAUGCGAAACGAAAACGAAAUAGUUUAUCGGAGGAAACCGUUCCAACAAUUGCCAUCAUUUAUUCUUACCAAAGAACAAAAUUACAGUGUGACAAGCUAUCGAAUACAAGUCUGAUAUAAAAAUACUGACAAAGAUUUGAGAAUUAUCACCAAAUUACUUGACAAAAAAAAGUAUCAUCAAUAAUGAUGAUGAGCGCAUAAUGUAUCGACCAUAUCAGCAGUAGCUUAUAACUGAGAAAAUGAUUAUGAUGAUGACGGCUGCAAUUAAAAUUAUGACGAUGAUGAUCAAGACAACUAUAAACAAGGAUAAUCACUCGAUACAACAACAUUGUUCGGUUGUUUGUUUGAUGGAUCACCAGAUUUGUUUCUCCGGUUUUUUUAUUUUUCAACUUAAAUACAACAUUUCGUAUGAUACAUCACUGUAUCUGGUUUUUUGAAAUAAUCAAGAGCGGCUUUUCUUUCUAUUCGUCUUAUUUUCAGUGAUUCUCAGCAUUCCAAUUCAAAAGAAAAUUCCAUCUUGAGGAAUAAUAAGAAAUUGAAGAUUGUAUUGAUUCAUCUAUAAAAUGUAACUAUAAAUAUUCUCAAUCAAUAUUCCAGCUUGGAUCAUUUCAUGGCGAUAACAUCAUGGAAAUAAAAAAUGAUCAUCACCAACAACGACAAUUAUCAUCAACCAACAAUAUACAAGGGCCAACAACAAUAUAUGAAUCGAUAAAUCAAUCAUUGAUAAUGGUACCAAGUAAAGAAACAGCAACAAAUAAUAAUAUUGAUCUUCGAUCGAGCAGCAAUCAACAACCAUCUGAUGAUUUUGAAGAUGACGAACAUUCAUUACCGAUACCUGAGUUGAUUGAGAUGCUUAAAAAUUUAGCCGCUUGUAAUGAAAAACUUUACAAAUGGGAACAAUCAACAGUGAAAUUGGAACAGAUACCUGCGGAUGAUCCGAAUAAACAACAGCUAAACGAAAUUAUCAAUUUCGUCAAUCUGAAAACAUCAACUCGAGAAAAAGCCAUCUAUCUAUAUCAACAAUUGGGCAGAAAAUGUAGCCAACAUGGUAAUUAUAUCGGUGCAGCCAAAGCAUUCGAACGAGCAGCCAGUCUAUUGAUGGAUCCGACCGAUCAAAGCGAAAUGAAUAAUGCGGAUGAUAAAACAAUUAUGGAAACGAUUCAAUGUCUUGAAUCGGCCAUUCAUAAUUAUGAUGCAAUACACAAAUAUAAACAUGCCGGAACAUUGCAUUAUCGAUGCUCGCGUAUAUUACGAUUGUUGUCGGAUUUUUCACGCGAACAAGUCGAACAACAUCAUAUCAAAGCAUUGGAAUAUUUCACCAAACCGGAUCAUGAACUCAAACAACGAAAACGAAUUGACGGUCUGAAAAUUAGCUGUUAUUCAUCGUCAUCGACUUGGGCGCGUAUGAUAUCAUCGUCAAACACUCGGAUGAUGAAGACAAAGAAUAAAAACAACACGAUGACGACUACACAUCAUAAAACGAUAACAACAACCAAUCAUCAUUUGAUCAAAUUUCUUCAUCAUCACGAUGAUGAUGAAGAUUAUGCUGAUGAGGAAGAUGAUGAUGAUGAUGAACUGGUUACACUUGUUGAAUCUGACGUUGAAAACGAUAAUCAUCUAGUCAAUCAUAGAUAUUCUAAUGAUGGAUCUGAUCAUUCAAAACGGAGAAAAACGCUAGCCAAGAUGAAUAAUGAUAACAAUAUUCCUAGUAGUAGCAUUCAUACUAAUUCCGGUUUAUCAUUAUCGUCAUCAUCAUCAUUGAGCAAAAUAUUUCAAUCAACGUCACCAAAAUCAACUUCGUUUGAUUUCAAUCCAAUCAAUGAAUCUACAGCUAAACCAACGUUGGAAAAUUUCCUCGAUCAACAUCUCUCUCAAAAUCAACUUGAAAAUAGACGACAAGAUGCUGAUGGUGAAGAUGCGCCUAUACCUUCAGCCAUGAUAUUCAAUGAAUCAUUGCCAUCGACACCAACAACACCUUCAUCAUUGGCAUCGCGUGAUUCGAUCCCAUCAUUACCCGUUGGUGGUGGCCAACAACAACGACAACGGCAACGAUCAGUAUCACCAACUCGUAAAUAUCAUAAAGAGAAUCAUAGUCAUCGCAGUGAAUCAAUCUAUAAACAGCAAAAACACCAUAAUCUUGAAACAACAUCGCAAAAAUACUUGCAUCGACAUAGUCGACAUCAUCGAUCAUAUUCAAGUUAUCAUCAUAAUUCUAGCAAAUCAUUAUCCAAUCAUCAACGUCCGAAUGAUGAUGAUGAUGAUCAUCAUCAUCAUCAUCAUUACUCGAAAUUAUCAUCAUCUUCAUCAAACACAGCCGUUUUUCGCUGUAUCGAAGAUCGAAUUGAAUCGGAAAAAUUGGUGAAAAAACUUCAUAAAUUAUGUCCUUUUUAUGAUGUUACUACAACUGGUAUUGAUGCUGGCCGUGUCUAUUGCCGGAUUUGUGAUCGUUAUUUAGGUGCCGUUAGUUCGACACUCAAGAAUCAUGUCAACACACAAGAACAUCGGCAAGCAUUUGAAGAUAGUCAUCAACAACAACAAUACGGAACGACAUUGGCUACAACAACCGAUGGCAUAGCAACACCACAACUUACAUUUGCCGCAACAUCAACUACAUCAAAUAGCCAAUCACAAACACUACCAAUGGUGACCUAUCCAGCGGCUAAUAAUGGUCAAAAUGUCGGACAGAUUGGAAAUUAUGUUCCUGUCAAUACCAACAUCAUUAAUCGAUCAUUACAAUGUUCGAACAUUAUUGCCAAUCAACAGCAGCAACACCCACCGCUUGCAUCUACAAUAAAUCAGAUUCAAUGGCAUAAACAGCCUACAGAUCAACAUAGUGAUACAACGAAUAGCAAUAGAGAAUCAGAAUAUCAAGCACAACAACAAUUAUAUCGAUCCUCAGCCGCUACCGUUGUGGUCAAUCCAAGUGGUAAUGUACAACCACAAUCAUUACCAUUCUCAGCGACAACAGCUGUGCCUACAUCAACGACAGCCAUGCAAUUGAACCAUCAACAUCUUCAAUCUUAUAAUCCAUUCAAUCAUCAACAGCAAUUUAAUUCACAACAACAAUCAAAUCAAUAUUCUACAUCAUCCAAUAUUGUUUCGAUCAUGUCUGCUCCGACAACUAUUCAACAACAAUCGAAUGAUCGACCGUUAUCUGUUGCUUUUCAAUGAUUUAUUACAUUUUAUUAUUCAAUUUCUAGGUGUUUUAACUAAUAGGAUUUUUUUUAUCUAAAAUGAUUAAAAUAUAUUGAUCGAUUAGAAGUGAUGAUGUGAUA